CUGGGCCCCAGAGUUCCUGGGUUCUGUUGCAGUUCUGGGAGGCGUGGGGGUAGUGGUUAAGUGGUAGCUGGGGAACCAUAGGGUAUUGUCCUCUGCUGUUUUUCCAUGUGAAUGCUACUCAGACACAGCCUGAUUUCCUGCUAUACCCCGCCCCUCCCCCCGUGACCCUUAGGGGCUCAGGCCCCUUUCCCUCUGCAAAGAUUGGGCACUUUUUUCUGGGCAUUACUCCAUCCUAUCUCCUUUGCUCUCUGUCCUCCUCUGCAAAGGGUGGAUCUGCAGCAGCAGCUCAUGACUAUCAUAGACCAGAUGGGCAAGGCCUCGGCCAAGGCGCAGAACCUGCCGGCUCCAAUCACCAGCGCCUCUCGGAUGCAGACAAACCACCACGUUCUCUACAUCCUGAAGGACAAUGAAGUGAAGACGGCUGGGAAAGGGGCCAUAAUCGGCUUCCUCAAGGUUGGCUACAAGAAGCUCUUCCUGCUGGAUCGCCACGGGGCUCACAACGAAGUGGAGCCGCUGUGCGUGUUGGACUUCUAUAUCCAUGAGUCACUGCAGAGGCACGGCUAUGGGAAGGAGCUUUUCCAGUACAUGCUGCAGCGCGAGCGAGUGCAGCCACACCAGCUGGCCGUGGACCGCCCCUCGGAGAAACUCCUCUGCUUCCUCUGCAAACACUACAACCUCCAGGGGACCAUCCCCCAGGUGAACAACUUUGUGAUCUUCGAGGGCUUCUUUGCCGACCAGCAUGCUCCGGUGAGGAAGUUGCCUCCUAAACGUUCCGAGGAGGAGAUCAAACCCUACUCUCUAACAGAUCGAGAGUUCCUGAAGGAGGAGGUGGAGCCACCCUGGCCUUUCAACCAGUCGCACUCGCUGACCCGCUCCAGCAGCCUGGGGAAC